UGUAUAUAUUUCUGUACAUUUAGCAACCCAAGUAAAUUACACACAACAUUUAUAUUAAGCACAAGUGUUUCUAUUCGUCUUUAGCAGUUAAUUUUAUUACAUGUAUAAAAAUUUUACUAAAAUACAUCAUGUGUUCGUUAAAAUUUUACUUUUUUGUCAUCAUAAUAUCAAUAAUUCAAAUUCAGCCAAUUUUAUUGAUAGCUUUAAAGGACUCAGAUGUAUUUAUCGGCCAUUUACAAAAAAUACCUACAUGGGAAAGAAAUAAAAUUUCAUUUUCUUCAGAUGACAUACAUACGAUUGCCUCGCUUAUUAAUUCCGAUAACAUACAAAAGUAUCCACAAUUAGACGAAAAGUUGAAUUCCAAAACAACUGCAAUUAAUUGUAUUUACAGUUAUGUAAUACAACUUAUUGCAAUGAAUUUAAAACAGUUUCCAACCAUUGUGACAAAUCCCUAUCAGGGUAAACCUUUUAAAGGACUCGAAAGAUCAAAAUCAAUAACCUUUGGUGAUUCAAAAUUACUCUUGUAUGUUGAUGAAGAAUCAGCUACUCCCAUUAAAGAAAUAACAAGACAAAAAAGCGAAGACUUAUCGGAUUUAGAAGAAUUUUAUCGUACAGACACUGUAUCCUCAUUAGCACACCAACUUGAGCCUAAUAAAGAGUAUAUUAUCAACAUAUUUAAAAAACAAGACUUAACGUACCAAAUUUUAGACGGUUAUGAGGAAUAUGUUGCCAUUUAUAGAGAUGCUAUCGCUCGAAUGAUAUCUGUUGUGAUAUUUUCCCAACAAUCUCCGGCAAAUUGGAUGUGGAAGUAUUUCUUAAGUUUAAAUGCUCUUGAAAAAAGAAAACUUGAUUUUGAAGAAUUUUAUGAGUACAGUGAGGAAUCAUUAAUUUUUUGUAAUAAAUAUGUUGCAUCAUGCAGAAAAAGUAAUUAUUUGCAUAAUCUUGAACCAAACAUUGUGGACAGUUUAAAAGAUUUAAAAAAAAGCGUUGAAAUUUCUAUAGAUCUUUUAAAAAAAAUGAAACUAAAACCAGGAGACAAUAAUGAAUUAUUAUCUUUAUUUAAAUACGAAAAUAAUUUAGGGGUAUAUGACUUUCUAUUUAAUAAAAAAGUCACAUGUUUUAUCACUUUUUACCCUCAUAUAGAUAACAUUAACUUUAAACCAAUAAUUAGAAAAUUACAGGCUAAUUAUAAAUCAGCAAUUAUUGAAUGGAAGAGAAAUCCAUAUUUAAUUUUAAACUACUAUAAUGUUCUUUCCGAUGUCAUGAAAAUUGCAUUGCUUUAUUAUUCAGCGAGACACUUGAUUAACUAUUUAAUACUUGUUAAGUCUAAAAGCAAAAAACCUACAGAAAUACCAAUUACCGAAAAAGAAUUACAAGAUAAACUUAGUCUAUAUUAUACUAGACCCUCAAAAAUAAUAAAAACUAUUAUACGUUAUGCUGGUAUUUCAGGUAUUCCAAUAUAUAGCCAAAUAGCUAAAGUGUUUGAUGACGAGAAAGGAAAAGAUAAAAAAUCGGCGAAAGCACUAAUCAAUAUUUUAUUUAAAAAACUAGAAGAGUUAUUGAAAAGUUAUGGUGCAUAUAAUGAAAAUUUGUACAAAAUAUCAAAAAAAGGUGAUCGUACACUGAAUAUUUAUGAUGAUAUUAAAAAUGAAUGUUACGAAUCUUUAUUACAAUAUUAUAACAAGUACAGAAAUACUCUUGGAGCAAUCAAUUUCGAUAUCAUAACUUUCUUUCAAUGGAGCAAAAACAUUAAAUGGCUUAAUUAGUAAAAUGCGUAUUUAUAGGGUAAAAUGUUUUGAACUUAAUAAUUAAAUAUGUUGUUACUCAUUUAGCAAUAAAUCCUUACAUAUCCAUUUUUCAAAAAGUAAUUAAUCAUUUUUCUGUGUUUAAAUUUUUAAGAAUAAUUAAAAAUAUUUAAAAUUUAUGUGAUAGCUUCAAUAAAUUUAAGAAAAAAUUUAUGUAUCUAUUUUUUUAAAUUGAUCAUUAAAUCAUUCUAUUAAAUAUUUUUUACUUUCAAAAUUUAAUAUAUUUUUUUUUACUAAAAAAAAUAAAUAAAUAGAAUUAGUUGUAUAUAACACAUUACUAGGCCAUAAACAGUACCAUAUCUUUGUAAUAUUUUUACAUUUUUUUAAAUAAACAUUUUUUUAACA